AUGAAGAAAGCAAAUUUGGUUUAUGUUGAUGAAAAAGAUAAUGAAAUUAUAGAAAGGGUUGAUAGUGAAUUAAUGAAGAAAGCAAAUUUGGUUUAUGUUGAUGAAAAAGAUAAUGAAAUUAUAGAAAGGGUUGAAUGGUAUCAUGAACGGACAUCAAAGAUUUUAAAAACUAAAGCUGAUACAGGAUGGGUUUCAGGAUGUUUAGACCUUAAGGCAGAUAAGGAAUAUGUUAACGAUGAGUUAAAUAAGAAGGUAGAUAAAACAUAUGUUAACGAUGAGUUAGGGAAGAAGGCAGAUAAGGAAUAUGUUAACGAUGAGUUAAAUAAGAAGGUAGAUAAAACAUAUGUUAACGAAAUAUACCAAAGUUUGAUAGGAACAAAAAAUAUUGAAACUAUUGUUGGUGACUUUUCUGUCAAUGAAGAAAACAAAUAUUUUAGAUGGGAGUUUGUACAGUCCUUAAGAAAUGGUAUACGGUAUAAACUCAUUCCGAAAAAUAACAAUGAAAUGUAUGUAGGCUAUAUAAAGAAUAAUGGCACACAAGUUAAAGUUCCAUUAGACAACAACUGCUACUUAAACUUAUAUGGAGACGAACAAAAGAAAUAUUUAAGAGUUUAUGAAAUGACGGAUAUGACAUUGUCUAACGUAGCUCCAGCACCGUAUUAUUAUGACUAUGGUGUUGACGCACGUGUAGACCCAAAAAAGCAAACAUUAUAUUUAGAAUAUUAUAGAUAUAAAAGAUAUAAUGCAAUAGAAAAAACGAGAAUAGUAUACUAUUAUGAAGAUGACAAAAAUAAAUAUUAUAGUCAAGAUUUUACAUACCCUGAAAACAUAAGAUUAUAUUAUAAAAAAUAUUCUGACACAAACCAGAAGAAACCCGAAAUAGUUACACUAUAUUUUAAGUUCAAAAGAGACAAUCCUAUAAUAUCUCAUAUGUUUGAUUUAAUGAACCCAGUAGGUUCUAUUUAUACAUCUAUGGAUGUGAGAGGUCCUCAAGCAAUGUUUGGUGUUGGUGCAUGGGAACAAAUAGUCGACAGGUUUUUGUAUUGUGCAAACUCUUCAAAGGAAACAGGGGGAAGUAAAACGAUUACAGGUGAAAAUUUACCUGCACACAGUCACUACAUAGAUUUAAGCACAUCUCAAGCAGGUUGGCAUAAGCAUAGAUAUUGGGAUUG